UUCCAUCAACGCCACCUUUGUUCCGAUCAACUGAACGUAUACCUUGGACGGUAUUCACAGUCGCAACUUAUUUCUAAGUUGAUUAGAAAUUGAUUUGCUUAGGAAAGUAAAUGCUUAUCGCUGUAGAUUCACAGUCGAUGCUUAAGAAAGUCUUAAGCUCUUAUGAAUUCAUAGUCGAAUAAGUCCGCCUUAUUUGUAGAAAACGAGUUCUUAUUUGGCUUCAUUGAGGUUAUGUUUUUAAGUCGACGAUAUUCGGGACUUAAGCACGCGUUUGAAGGUGGUAUUGUGCAGUGUUGAACAAUUUAUUUUGAUUAAUUAUGGUAAAUUAUUUUUAAAAAAGUACUAAAUGGAGUUAGACUUUGCGGAUAUCGAGGAUGCGUGCUAACCCAAACUAUAUUUGUAUCAAGUGAUGUAAUUGGUGCAUAGCAGUGACUACAGAUCCAAUGACUUAGAUUUGUAGUCACUAUGCAUAGGUAAUGAGUAAUGAGCGUGUCAUAACCAGAAAGAAGCAGCAUAACCAAAAAUUUAUUUUAAUCAGAUAAAUAGACAAAUGGAGCCAGUAAAUAAAAAGGAGAGAACCAAGAAUUUUACAGAAUACGAGAAAAUGCUUCUGGUUGAAUUAGUCCAGGAACUUAUUUGAACUUAUAGUAAAAAAUUGAUGGAACACAAAAUGUCGUUGAUCAGAGUUUAAUUUCGGUUCAAAUUUUGAACCACGUUGGAGGAAACGGGCAUUAGUCGAUAAAAAAUUACUUUGCAUCUCAUUCAGCCAAUGACAAGAAAAGUAUUUUUAAUUUCUAUUAUCAGUACUCAUUGUCAGUUCCAAUCGAUACCGCAAAAUGUGAUAAAAGGAUGAUAAGGGGGCUCUAAAGCCCCCCGGAUUUAUAGCAGAGAACUUUCUUAUGCGAGUGAUCUGUUUUAUAUCUCGUUUGUACUGCUAUGAAGGUCACUGAACGCUAUUUUCUAGAGCUUCGAUUUUCACGUUCUAAUACUUUUAUGUACGGCGCCAUACUUUGUUGAUCACGCGAUAUCGCGUGCUCGAUCGUCAACGAUAAGUGGACGAUUGCGUGCAACCUAGGCUUCCCCUCGGUUAAGGGGAAGCGAAGGGGAAGGACGAAGCCACCAUUUAUCUUUGUUCUUUACGUGGUAAAAGAAGAUGAGUUUAGGUUAAGUUCUCCCUAGAGGUUUUAACGAAACCGAAGGCAAGUGGUGGAAGGCUUCUCCUGGCUCCUCCUACCCGUACCCUUAGCCAAAGGGAAGCCCACGUUGUAUCCGAGUACAAGAUCACGCGAUAUCGCGUGCUCGAUCAUCAACACCAAAUGUCCGCUCAGGCAAACUCGCUUUGCCCCAAUAUGUAUUUAGCUUCAAAGCGUCAGUAUUUCUCUGGUGUUACCCGAAGAGAGCUGCUUGUCCCAUAGUCUCUUGUUAAUUAUUUUUUAUUAAAAUCGCACUUAGUUCUAUCUCAUUAUUUAAGUCUACAAAAGAAAUGGAGAUAGAUUCUAUUCCUGGGCCAUCACGUAUUUAUCGUAAACGAAAACGUAGUUCACCGCAAUGUAAACAGAGUUUACAUAGCUUAUGUAGAACAGAAUUAAACGACAGUGACAGUGAUUUAUCAGCGAGUUCAAGUGACUAUAAAUUACAUUCUGAAUCCGAGAGUGAUGUAUGCGGCACUGAGUUAUCUGAAGAUGAAUCUCGCGAGUCAACUUCAAACACAGAAAUUCAUUGGUCUUCAGAUAAUUCUUCGAUGCAAACUAUGUCAUUCGUAAAGCAACAAAUGUUAUUAAUGCCAAUUCCAGCGCCCUGUGAUCCGAUUAAAUUUUUUGAAAUGAUCCUCACCAACGAAUUUUUCGCGGACAUCGUGAAAUACACCAACGAAUACGCACAGCAUCUUCUUAAUCAGGAGAUGAGAAAAUCCUCAAGAGUGAGGGCCUGGAAAGAUCUUACGGUAGAUGAAUUAAAAACAUUCAUUGCUCUACUUCUACAUACAGGAACAGUUCAAUUGCCAAAGCUAAACGAUUACUGGAAGACACAUUGGCUUUUUAAUUAUUGUUGUUUUAGUAAUUACAUGUCUAGAAAUAGAUUUCUGUUAAUUCUACGCUGUUUACAUUUCUCACCUGUUGAUGUACAAUCUAUUGAACCCAACGAUAAAUUAUAUAAAGCAUGCCUUGUUCUUGAUCAUUUUAACAAUACUAUGAAGAAUAUUUAUUAUCCCGGUAAAGAACUUUUAUUAGUUGAAUCAAUGUUGUUAUGGAAAGAAAGACCAAUCAUUCGUCAGUUUAUUAAAAAUGAAUACCACAAGCAAGGUAUCAAGUUUUACAUGCUGACAGAACCAGAUGGUACCAUUAUAAAGCUUGAAAUUCAUUCAGAAGCUGGAGAUGAAACUUCAGAAAUCAGACAUACAGAGAACAUUGUGUUCAAAUUGCUUCAGAAUAAAUUAGACUCUGGUCACAGUAUUUUUAUGGAUAGUUUCUAUAAUUCAUACAGUUUAACAACAAAACUUUUAGAUCAUAAUACUCAUUGUACAGGAACCUUAAAUAAAUCAAGGAAAGAAAUUCCAAAAGAUUUGGUUUCAACAGUACUAAAAAAAGGAGAAAAUAAAUCAAUAUUUUGUAAUGGUGUACAUAUUGGAAAGUAUCAUGAUAAACGAAAUAUUUUUUAUAUAACUACAGAGUUUAUGGAUAAUAUGAUUGAAACUCGAAAUAAGCAAAAUGUUAAAAAACUGAAACCUCAAGCUCUUAUUAUUUAUAAUAAAUAUAUGUCAGGAGUAAACAAACAGGACCAAAUGAUGGCCUAUUACCCAUGCUCAAGGAAGACCUUGAGAUGGUACAAAAAGAUAUUUGUACACAUAUUACAAUUGAGUUUUCUGAAUUCUUUUUACCUGUACAAUAAAUUUGGUAACCGAAAGUGCAGUUUCUAUGAUUUUAAAAUGCAAGUUUUGGAAAUUUUAUUGCCUAAAAAAGAGACUGUACCAAAAUUAAAAACAAUACACAGACUUUCCAAAAUUGAGAAUACGAAGCAAGAUACUAAAAAAAAUAUUAAAGUCACAAUGAGGAAAGAAUGUAAAAUGUGCAGAAUACGGAGUGUUCGUAAGGAUACGACAUAUCAGUGCAAUGUUUGCACAGGACAACCAGGUUUCUGUGUAGAAUGCUUUUUCGAUUUUCAUAACAAACAGUAGAAUGUAUUACCGUUGUGAAUAAAUAAGUACUUAUAUUCCUAUAAUAUUUCCGCUUCUCCUCCUCAUUUUAAAUAGGUAUAGCUUUUUUGAUUAAGAGUGUAAUAUUUGUUUUACUGAACGAACUUAUAAAAAACAAGUUCGUAUUGAAUUUCUGACACCUAUUUAUUACAUUAACAAAAUGUACAUUAUUCAUAUCACCUAUACACAAUCCGAUGUACAAGUUUGGUCUGUGACAACAUGUUCUCAAUGACAAAUUCUUUGUUCGCUAUUCACGUCCUAUGGCAACAUUUUUUCCUGGGAGAUGUAUUUUGAAAAAAAGAGUUAAUAAAACUCGGUGUAAUGCUAUUUAUAUAUCUAUAUAUCUAGCUUCACGUAAUGUGAUCUUUUAAAGUCUAUGCACCAAGAAAUAAUGAUUACGAAUAAUGGAAUAAAAAUGAUGUAAAUCUAUGUAACAUUUUACAUUUUGAUGUCUAUACUCUGCUAUACACGUGAAAUGUACAGAAAUAGUAAAUCACAUAAAUGCAAUGAAGGUAAAAAAA